CUGGUGUGGCUUUGUGUAGUGGAGACAGACAAGCAAUUGAGGGAAUAAUAAGCCAGUGCUGGUUACAGAGGCGUGGUGCAUUCACUGGUGUGUGUGUAGUGUACUCUGGAUACAUCCUGUGCAGCUGCACCUCCUAACCCCAACCCUGGGCUGCACCCCAUGAGUAGCUGCAAGCCAGGGGAGCCUGUGAGUGCAGCAAGGACCCCCAGUCUCUACAGAGGAGCUGCUUCAGCAACAAAGAGAUGGCAGAAGGCCGACACUGCAAGGUGCACCUGUUGGACGACCGCAAGUUGGAGCUACUGGUGCAGCCGAAGCUGUUGUCCCGUGAGCUGCUGGACCUGGUGGGCUCUCACUUCAAUCUGAAGGAGAAGGAAUAUUUUGGGAUUUCAUUCAUGGACGACACGGGUCAGUACGCCUGGCUGCAGUUAGAUCAGAGAGUGCUGGACCACGACUUGCCAAAGAAAUCUGGGCCCGUCACCCUGUAUUUUAUUGUAAGGUUUUACAUUGAAAGUAUAACAUUUCUGAAGGAAAUCACGACGGUGGAAUUGUUUUUUCUGAAUGCAAAAGCUUGUGUGUUCAAGGGGCAGAUCGAGGUGGACAGCGAAACCGUCUUUAAGUUGGCUGCGCUCAUUCUGCAGGAGGCUCGGGGAGACUACAGUAGUGAUGAAAAUGCAAGAAAAGAUCUGAAGAUUCUGCCAGCUCUGCCCACCAGGACGCUACAGGAACACCCGUCACUUACCUACUGUGAGGAUCGAGUAAUCGAACAUUGCAAGAAGUUAAAAGGUGUCACUAGAGGACAAGCCAUAGUGCGGUACAUGAAAAUAGUGGAAGCGCUGCCUACAUAUGGUGUUCAUUACUACAAAGUAAAGGACAAGCAAGGAAUCCCCUGGUGGCUGGGAAUUAGCUACAAAGGAAUUGGACAGUACGAUAUCCAAGACAAGAUAAAGCCCAGAAAGCUAUUUCAGUGGAAGCAGCUUGAGAAUUUGUACUUUCGAGAAAAGAAAUUUGCAGUGGAAGUUCACGAUCCCCGCAGAAUAUCUGCAUCAAAAAGAACCUUUGGACAGAGCGGUUUUGUGGUUCAGACCUGGUAUGCAAACAAUUUCCUGAUCAAGUCCAUAUGGGUGAUGGCAAUUAGCCAACAUCAAUUCUACUUGGACAGAAAACAAAGCAAAGCCAAAAUUGCGACCGCCCGUAGCCUGGACGAAAUUGCUAUGGAUCUGACAGACAGCAGCACUAGCAGAAUUUCCAAAAUGAUAGACGGAAAACAUCCAGUGAUCAUGGCCAGCAGCGGCAGCCUAAUCUCUUCAGGUUCCAUCGACUCUGAAGUCAGCGAAGAGCAGAAAGCUGAGAAAAUUCAAGAACUGAAGAAAAAGGAAAAGGAUUUACAAGACGUUCUCCUGAAAAAGAUCGAAGAACUUAAGAAGAUAUGUAUGAGAGAAGCGGAACUAACUGGGAAGCUGCCAACUGAGUACCCGCUAAAUCCCGGUGAGAAGCCCCCUAAUGUCCGAAGACGAAUGGGCACCUCCUUUAAACUGGAUGAUAAUAUGAUCCAUUGUGAAGAGGAAUCCGACUUACAGAAUUUGGAGCACAAGUUCCUCAUACAACAACAAAUGGUUGAAGCAACAAAAAAACUUUUGUUGGAGCCUGACCUCGCGAAGAAUGUUAAGAGGAAGAGGAAGCAGGAUUAUAGUGAUGCCAUCAAGAGACUACAGGACAUAGAGAGUGCGAUCAAUGAAUACAGGAUCAAGAGAGGGAAAGACCCAACCAAGAGGGCCUCUCUUCUCCUGCAAGAUGAUAUCAUCCCAUCAGAAAGCAGCUCCUUGUCUGAUACAACCACAUUUGAUGAUGAUGACUCGCUCUACCUACAAGGGCAAAGACCCUGUUCCUUGCAGAAUUCCCCCAAGACCCGACUUCCGAAAGACAGAAGCCUUAACAGAAAAUCCUCCCUCAAUGAACAGUUUUCAGACAUGCGCCUCUCAGGUCACAGAGAACCUACUUCAACACACAGCAGCCCGUACAAGACUGCCGAGCGGAAGCCUCACGGGGGCAGGAGCAUGCCUUCCACUCCUGUGCUAACACGAAACGCCUACAGCAGCAGCCAUCUCCAGAAUGAAGCAGUAAGCCAUAAUGGCCGUCAGCGGCGGGGAAGCUUAGAAUCCCACACCCCUCUCAUUGUGGAUUCUGUAGAUGGAAGUACAACAUUCUCCAUCUCCAAGAGUCAAAGAAGCAACAGCACAGAGGUUCUGGAUGAUGGCUCUUCUUACACCAGCCAGUCUAGCUCAGAGUAUUAUAGCACGCCGCCCAAACAGAACUACUCUUAUACCACCCAGACCCUGGACAAUCGCCCCCGGGAUAGAAGGCGUCACAAGAAGCAAAACUUCUCUGCAGCAAACUCUGGAAGUAUGCCAAACCUGGCACACAAAGACGCACGAAACGGCGUUUAUCAAACCCCCCAGAACCAACCAUCCUCCAGCUAUUACAUCACCGGCUAUUCAGCCUAUCACGAUAGCGACCCCUACUACAACGGCGGCUACAUCUAUGAAAACGAUACAGAGGGCCAGUAUAGUGUUAACCCCUCGUAUCGAUCGUCCAUGCACUAUGGCUACGACCAUUACAUGAGGUAUGAUGCCGACCAGUAUGUGCCUCUCAAUGCAUAUGCAACGUUAAGGCUUCCGAAAAAGAAACCUGUAAAGACUACACAGCAGAUCACCAAGAACAUUAACAAGGCCAUUGUGGCCGAGCAUUUACGGGGAUGGUACCAAAGGGCGGCGUUCAGUAAAGAUGGCACUCACGGAAUGGUUGAAUCUGAGCGGGGGUCACAGAGGAGCCUCUGUUAUGCUUCUAUGCAAGUUCCCUCAUCUCCUAGCAUCAGGCCUCCAUCCUGUUCAUCCGUGUCUUCCACGAGCACAGCAGGGAGUCGGUGGGCACACAGCAGCACACUGGUUUACCCAAACACCGUACCUCACGCGUCAUACGCUGGCUACUCCACUGCUUAUAGCAGCACGCCUCUGCCUAGCAGAACUUUCCACACGUAUACUCCCCAGACGGACAACCCAGACGUCGUCCCACUAAGUGAUGGCCCUCUCCCGGACACCGAAGACAUCUUAUGGCAUGAAGACUCCAAACCCGGCACCUUAGUAUGAAGCCACUGACUCACCAUACUUUACCCCACCCUCCACUUAUCACCUCAUGUGCCUUGCAGUGAGAGCAUCGAUAUUGCAAAAUCCGCCAUAGCCUGAUCGGCUGGAGUAUCGGCACUGGGAUGCCGCCGGGAAAACCAGUCAACUUUCUACGACUGACAAGGCACAGUCUACCGGCUUAUAAAACAAGCACUUGGUUUUAUAAAGGAACUUAUUAAUAGCACUUUUUUUUUUGUAAACUUUUUUUUUUUGAUAACUGUGAAGACAACUAGUGGCUGAAAUGGUGUACUGCAGCAGGAGGAAAGCACAAAAACGGAACGGAUAACACUUUACAGUCAGUAUUGGACCAUUGAUAUGAAGGAUUAUAACAAGAAGGCAACGCCAUGUCUCAAAUAAAAUCCAAUGCUUCCAAAAAGUUAAAAACCGACCCUAAAAAUCUGUAUAUAUGAAGAUGUGUAUAUAGGUUUUCUUGACUACUUUUUAUCGGCAUUGUAUGUUUUUUUUAUAUAUAUAUUCUCCUAAUACUUUGCUUACAGAGCUCGAUGAAUGAAUGAUAAUUUCUUAUGGUACAGCUUGGUUUUUAGAAAUGAUCACCAAUUGGAUCUUGUUUUUUUUAUAUCUAUAUAUGCCUAAUGGUUGUAAUCUGCUGGUCAGGUGUCACUUAUAUCUUUUUAUUAUUUUUUAAUGGAACAGUUGUGGAACAGGAGGAUUUUUGUGUGCGUGGAUGGUACGGGUGGAGAUUAGAGAUGAGCAAAUUUCAUAUUUUGAAAUUCGUUCCCGCUUCGUUUGGUGGUAAAAGCAGAAUUGCGUUAUGGAUUCCGUUACCACGGACCAUAACGCAAUCCUAUGACGGAAUGCAUAACGGAACGCCUUUAGAGGCAUUCCCUUAUUCAUUCCGUCCUAAUAGAAGUCUAUGAGCUGCAAAAACGGAUCCGUCCUGUUUCCGUUGUGCAGGAGAGUCCUCUCCUCCAUAACGGAAAUGGGAUGGAUCCGUUAUGCAGCCCCAUAGACUUCUGUUAUGACGGAAUGCCUCUAAAGAAUUGCGUUAUGGUCCGUAGUAAAGGAAUCCAUAACGCAAUUCUGCUUUUACCACCAGACGAAGCGCGAACGAAUUUCAUAACAUGAAAUUCGAUCGUCUCUAGUGGAGAUCUGCAAGCAUGUCAGGGGCCAGAAAUCUGUCAGGUCUUGAGCAAAAUGGAGUAGGAAUAAUAAUUAUCAUUAUCAUUAUUAUUACAUUUCCGUGGAUUAAGCUAAAACCUAACUUUUAAGUAGUUUGUGGCAUAAUUUUAAUAGAUUAAUUUUGGGUCAACCCAACAUUCGUGGGGGUUUACACUUUAAAACGUCGCUGCUUUUGUUUUAUUCUGUUUUUUCGGAAAUAGUGCAAUGUCCACAGAUUGUGUCUGGUAUUGCAGCUCGACUCCAUUGAAGUGAAUUUGGCUGCAAUAGCUCUGUUUUUUGCUUUUCUGUCCCUGGACACAGUGGGGUGAGCCAGACCCCGUCUUCCCAGGAGCCCCAUAGCAGCGGCAUCAAUGCUCCUCAAAGGAGUUUCAAGGAUUUAGAAAAAAAAUUGUCUGCUCAUAUUUCGGGAACAGCGCCACCGCUGGCCAUGGUUGUGUCCGGUAUUACAAUUCAGUCCCAUUCACUUCAUUGGAACUGGUCUGUAAUGCCAGAACUAACCCAUGGACUAUAUUGGCGCUGUUAAGUAUAACUAGGGACAGGAUUAACGUAGUGUUGAGUGCCCCCAUGUCACAGGAGUUCCUGCUUCACCCAUCCGUGGUCCAUAGUUCCGGGUCUCCGGAAUUUUUUUCUAUACAAUCAACGCUAUCUGACCUCAGGCUUUUUAGUCACUUGAUCACUUGACUCAUGUUAUGUAGCAGAACCACAAAGAAGGAUUUUUUUAACCAGCCCUGCAACUUGAAAUUGAGUGUUUUUUUCCGUAAACCAACGCAUUUCGGUCCACUUCCAGUCGGCAGCUCUUCUAUAGAAAUCCAUUCAUUGUCAUUCCAGCAAGUAAACCAAGCGCAGGAGGAGAGCAGCUGCGGAUUUCCUGUCCAUAUGGUGCCUAUGUGGAUGCCACACUGACAUUUCAUCGCGGUCUCUGGGGCUUCACUUGUGUACAAGGGCUGCAGGUUUUUCCAGAAAUGU